CCCUUUGGUAAAAGGUCAAGGUUUAAACAACUUUUGUAUCCAGUUAUAACAAAAAAAAUGUUUACAUAGGGUUUAUACUAAAUUUGUAGCGAUUUGAAAUGGCAGACAGACUGACACAGCUACAAGAUGCUGUUAAUCAAAUGGCUGAUCAUUUUUGCAACAGUGUAGGAAUUUUACAACAGUAUUCACCACCAAGUCAAUUUGCUGGAUUUGAGAAACAAAAACAGUCUCCAUCAGACCCACCACAAGAAGAUUAUCCACAAGUAUUUGCCAAACUGAUAGCAAGAACUGCAGGUGAUGUGGAUCUACUUAUAGAUUCAUUACCUAGUGAAGAAUCCUCUUUAGAGUUACAGUUGGCCAGCUUAAAAAAACUGGAAAAUGAGAAUCAAGAAUCUGCAAAGCAUUUGGAAGACAUUGUCAGUAAAGGAGAGACAUUACUGAGUCAGAUACAGGAAGUUUUGCAUGAUAUUGCUGAAUGUCAGCUUCGAUGUCAAGCUUUAGAAUCCAAUACUUGAUGAUAGUAUGAAAAGUAUUUUGUACAGUGUGUAAAAUAACCCCAAAUAAACUGGUUCCUAGUGCAUAGUGGAAUACUAACUUAUGUUUUGUAUAGAAACAGAUGACCUGGGACAGUUUUGAUGUUCUUGCAACAUAUAUUACAGGAAGAAGAACUCUAGAGAGAAAUACCAUUUUAUGUAUUUUGCUAUACAUGUAUAUAUAUCUUGUCAGAAAUAAAACAACAUAUUGCUGAA